CUUACUAUAAACUGAUUCGAGCUGUGUACAUUCUCAGUACAUUAUUUGGCCCCGACAAUAUAUGACAGAUGUACAAUCUGUAUCUCAGGAGGAUGUUUUGUCCGUCCUGGAGUACGCCAAACUGCAGGCAUGUGACUUGCGGAGUCGCACCCAGUGCAUCGUGUUCUCCAACACACUGGACAACGAACGCUUUAAACUCUUGGAGCUUGACCCAAGCGUCCUGGACAGUGUCAUGGCGGGAGACAGGGUCGUUAUCCGCGGUGACAAAGAUGACAGCGCUGUGCUGUGCACACGAGACAAGACCUACGAGAUGAAGGAAGCAGAGACGUCCAACUCAUUGUUGAUACUCCCUCACCUGGAGCAUGGGCCGGACCUGCCGACCGACACUCCCCACGAGCUCCAGUACCGAGAGGUUAUUUCUGUGCUGGACAAGUAUUUUGAACUGCGGCCGUGCAAGCCACGGCUACGGAAGCUGAAGGCACUGCUGCAGGAGAACCAGUACAGCGGGCGGGAGUGUGAGGAGGACGAAGACCACCGGGGGAGGAAGUACACAUACCAUGAGUUGCUUGAGAAGGUACAAGCGAGUGAGGAGGAGGUUGCAGCAGCUCUCAAGUCCUUCAAGGCCUGUCUCAUUGAUGGACACUGGAGAAUGCUUGACUUUGACUUCCUGAUGCAAGUGCUGAACCACAUCCUGCAGCUGUGUGAGGAGCACGACUGGCUGAUGACCGGGGUCAACAUGACCGAGUGUUGCGACACACUGCAGGACCUCUAUCCCAGGCACCUGGUGGAGCAUGUGGUGCAGUGUUACACGGACCCCAGGACAUCCCAGGGGGACAACACAGACACUGUGUAUGUCCUUAAUGAAGACAAAAUCUGCAGGUUCUUCGCUGAAUUGACACUGAGGAAUUCUGGGAAGUUCCACUAUGAUGAGUUCCUGCAAGUGUGGCAGCAGUGUGUUCCUGCAGGAAUGCAUACUGGCCUGUAUCAGAUAGAGGGCAUGGCUUUGAUAGAUGAGGACAGCGUUCCCCCCGUUAUCUGGUACUUCACAGCAGAGGACCUCCCAGAGGACACAGCAGAGAGGUUCGAGUAUUUGUUCCAAACAAGGAAGAAGUGGACUAGAGAGGAGAUAACUCCGUACAUUAAGGACGUGGCGACGGACAAAGUUGACGUGGGCGCCCUUCUUACCAAAUACGCACGGGCAUCUUUACAGAAUGGCAUCAAAGUGUUCAGUUCCAGGAAAAUAUCUGCUUGAAAGGGCAUUAAGGCAUUGGCACAGUGCAGUUUAUCCCAUUUCACAGACAUUUCCAAAUGGCUGCAGAUGACAUAGAAGCAGAGAAGUCUACAUAUUUGUCAGAAGCAACUUGUGUCUAUAACAAAAGAACUGAAGAUCCCUGUGGAAUAUUUACAGUGAAAUGUUUAUCCAGGCAGUUAACCUUUUGUGAAAUUAGCUCCACAAAAGGUUAACUGAUCUUCCUAGAUCCAGCCAUUCUGGCCUCAGAGUAUCCGUAACAAAAGAGCCGACGUUCCAUGGAGAAUAUUUUCAGUGAAAUGAUUAUCCAGGCGGUACUGUUGCCAGUGAAAUUAGUUCAACUGAUCUUCCUAGAUCCAGCCAUUCUGGCCUCAGACUAUCUGUAGCAAAGGAACUGAAGUUCCAUGGGGAAUAUAUUCAGUGAAACUGUUCCAAGGACAAGUGCAGGUUAAGACAUUUUGGAAUAAUAUGAUUCAUUGAAAAUUAGUGAUGUCGUGAUUAAACAUGAUAUAGACACUCCAGAAUGUAAUUAUCUGAAUGAUGGAUCUCUGGAUGAACAGGGUCUUGACUAACUUGCUCAAGUAAUGAUAGAAGUUGUAAAUUAUCCACAACUGUCUCAUAACAGUGAUCUCAGCUCAUUUGCUGUUGUAUCAGGAACACCACUGGGUUAUUGCUGUGACAUAUUGAUGUAAAUUUGAGAUACUGUUCUCUUCUUUUUGGGAGAAUUUGUACUGAACUGUCUCGAAAUUAUACAGACAAACUUAAACAAUGUGAUGCUUCUUUGUUGAUAGAUUAAUGUAAAUAAAUGUACAGAAUAUCAA